AGAGUGCACCCCUGAGAGCACUGCAGGGCACAGGGACACUCCGGGGCACAGGGACACUCCGGAACAGACCAUGGGGUGCACACUGGGGAUAUCUGGGUUACCCCAGGGUGCAUCUUAGGGCGCACGAAGGAGGCGAAGGGCGCAUCCCGAGAGAGCAUCCCGGGCUCGCAGGGCGCGCCCUGGGGACGGAGCAUCCCGGCAGCGCAUCCCGAGCGGCUGCGGCAGCGGGGUCGCUCCGGCUCCUCGCGAGUCCCCCCCGGCUCGGCGGGGGUGGGAGGAGGGCUCGCCGCCGCCCCCCGGGGCGGUCCCGCCGCUGCCGGAGCCUCCCGCCGCCCCCGCUGCCGCCGGGCGGGGCCGGGACCGGAGGGGACCGGAGAGGGGCCGGGACCGGAGCCCCGGGACCGGAGAGGGGCCGGGACCGGAGCCCCGGGGCCGGAGGGGACCGGAGAGGGGCAGGGAGCGGAGCCCCGGAGCCCCGGGGCCGGGGUCGCUCCCCAGCCAUGUCCAAGCUGCUGCCGGCGCAGGAGGCGGCUCGCAUCUACCACACCAACUACGUGCGGAAUGCUCGGGCCAUGGGCGUGCUCUGGGCCCUCUUCACGCUCUGCUUCUCCAUCCUGAUGGUGGUGACCUUCAUCCAGCCCUACUGGAUCGGCGACAGCAUCGACACGCCGCAGGCCGGCUACUUCGGCCUCUUCUCCUACUGCAUCGGCAACGCGCUCACCGGGGAGCUCAUCUGCAAGGGCAGCCCGCUGGACUUCGGCACCAUCCCCUCCAGUGCCUUCAAAACUGCCAUGUUCUUCGUGGGCAUCUCCACCUUCCUCAUCAUCGGCACCAUCCUCUGCUUCAGCCUCUUCUUCUUCUGCAACGCGGCCACCGUGUACAAAGUGUGCGCCUGGAUGCAGCUGGCAGCGGCUACGGGGCUGAUGAUCGGGUGCCUGAUCUACCCCGACGGCUGGGACUCGAGCGAGGUGCGGAGAAUGUGCGGGGACAAAACUGACAAAUACACGCUGGGCGCGUGCACCGUGCGCUGGGCCUACAUCCUGUGCAUCAUCGGCAUCCUGGACGCCCUCAUCCUCUCCUUCCUGGCCUUCGUGCUGGGCAACCGGCAGGACAACCUCCUCCCCUCGGAUUUCAAGGUGGAGAGUAAAGAAGAGGGAAAUGACUGACAGAGCCGAUCACCACGGACAUCCAGAGCUCUUCUUCCAUCAGCCCUUUUCUUUGAAGGGACUCUUCUAGGAAGCCUAAAUUUACCAAAUUCUGUGGAUUUUCUACAGCUGUUUUCUUCACCCAUGGGGCUGCUCUUGGCUCACAGCUCUCGUGGAGCUUCUUUGGUGGGAAGAGCCCAAAAUGGACACAAAGUUUUUCUGAGUCCAUCAGCAAGAGGGACAAGAGGGCAAGGAUGGCAAUUUGCUGCUUUUGGGGGGGGUUUGUACAUGUUCUUUCAAGGAAAUUAUUUAUGAAUUAAAAAAAAAAAUCAACACCGCCAGAACAUCAGUGUUUUGGGUUUUGUGCUGGUCUCCUGAGGGCAGAGGAAACCCUCUGCCAUAUUCCAGGUUUCCCUUUUACUGGAAAAAUACCAUGACAGGCCAAUUCCCAUGAAUCAGUUUCCUGCCCUGGGCAACAAUCACCAAACCUCUGGAAAAGGGCACUUUCCUGGGAAAAAAAAAAAAGAAAACCAGACAGCAAAGCCAGAGCUGGGCUGGGCCAGAACCUGCAGAGCACAGCAGAUGGUGCCAGUCAGCAGCAGCUCCCUGCACCACCCAAUUAACCUGAUUAAGCCAUCAUUUCCCAUCCAUGCAGCACCCAGCCAUGGCAGCCCUUGGCACAGCUCAUUUCUGCAGAAGGCAAAGCAGCAAUUACCUGCUCAGAGCCACAAACCAGCCUGCAUUAUCAUUUUCACCUCUACUCGCUGUGAAUUGCUGGUUCCUGCAGGACUCAGUUCAGUUCAGUUCUAACAAAUCCCUUCCUGUGUUAUGCUUCCCUCUAAAAAAUGUCUGGGAAGGUUUUACUGAGACUUUUGGCUAGAUAAAACAGCAGAUAUGACAGAUUGAAGAAAAAUGUAUUUUAGAAUGGAAAGAUUCCAGCAGAGUUGUCCUAUUUUUUACUCUUCUCCCCUUUUUAAACUGGAUCACAACACCAGCAACAAAAUCUUUACCUGUCUCAUUCUGGAAAUCAAAGCUGAGUGUUCACUAGUGAAGCAAAUUCCACCCCUGAGCCCCUGACUCAGAACAGAAUCACAAGGGGAAUGUAUGAAGACUAGGGCUCAGUUAUUAAAUAAUCUGUUUAUUGCAGGGCUUUCACAAAGAAAAAAAAAAAGACAAGGCACCCAAGUAGAAAGAAUAAAAAUGUAUUUUCCUUCAGGUUUUUAGACUGACACAGCAAGUACAAAUCCUUUAGUGUGAGCAUGUCACAGCAGUUUGGAAAUGAACAGACCCCAGGGAAGGAGCAGAGGUACAGAAUUGUGACAGUGCUCCUGCAGGGCUGCAGCUCACAAGGCUGCCUCUAGCCCUGGCUGCCAGGGUGGAAAAAAAACCAAAACCCUGAGUCAGGGCUGGCAGAGGGAAGGGAAGGAAGGAUGGGCAGGGGCUCUCAGCAGUCAGAGAGUGCAGACCCUGCUCUGGGAAAUGUUCCUUCAUCAGGACUGGGUGAGCUGUCAGGACCUCAGGAGUUGUUUGCCCUGCCAGUGUUACCUUCACAGUCAGCUGGAACCCAGUUCUGUCUGCAGUUCUCCUGCAACAGAUACAGGAGUGACCCACAACUGGAAAAUGCCAGAUAAAAGGGGAAAAAAAAACCAAGAGAAAAGGUUAACUCAGAAUUAAAACACUUUUUGGUAUGUUACCUGCCUUUUUAUUAUUAUAUGCAUAGAGAACCUGAUCUACCACUAAAGGAACAUGCAGCAUGAUUUGCAUAAAUAAGCCAAACCAGGCUCUGAACUGGAGAAAGAAACUCUGCUCACGUGGAUGAAAUGACCUGGAUUUGUGAGUGAAUGAUCCUUACAAACCACAGCUCCCAAACACACACACAGGAGUGACACUAACAGAGGUCUUGGCAGCUUUGGCAAUGGAAAUGGUCUUGGAUAGCAUCUGCAUGGUCUCCAGCAACUUCUGUCCCCUGCAAGCCACCACAACCCCAAAGGCCCCUUUGGUCCAGAGUAAGGAAGGGACUCUGAAGUCUCAGUGCUGCCAAAUCUUGCCUAGAGAAGAGUGGGAUGCUCUGUAACAGGAUGGGCAAAUCUAGAAGAAGCCAUCACAGAAGUAUCAAAUGCCACAGUCAUUGAACUUUUAAUUAAAAUGAAUCCAUUUAACCCAUUAUAUCCAAACCCCCUCUGAGAAGUUUACAUAGAAACCCCAUAGAACAUUUCUUACUCGGGGUAACUCUAGGAACAGCUUCUAAUCCAGUAUCUAGGUGGAAAAGUCACUUCUCUUCCACUUCUGCUAGCUCUCUUCUUGUGCUAAUGGCCCAGAAAAUAAAAGGCAGUCCCAUGUUGGGAAGUUAUUUCUGAAGGCCUGCACCUGAAGCAAAUUAAAAGGAAUCUUUACACUGGAAUUUCAAGUGUUGAUCCUCAAAGUCCAGGGCUGCAGCAUGGCUGUGAUACAGGUGCUGCAACCCU